UUGGCUCCGCCCCUAGCAACGGUCAGUUGGUGUCCCUUCCUAGAGACGUCGUCUACACAGCCAAGCCGCCGGCCUGCUGAAGCUGGAGCUGAGGCUGGGACAUCUCCCCAGGAAGCAGCAUGGAGCAGCAGAACAGAGAAGGCUGCAGCCCAGGCAGGACCCCGCAGCCCCCAAAGUGCAGUGGUGCUUCUGCGGGUCAAUGGUGCCGCCCAGGAAGGAGUCUCCGAGGCCUAGACUAUACCCUGGAGCAGACUCCAGACCACAGGUUGAGGAAUCCGCCUCCAGGUCCUGACUUCAAGCUCCCACCUUUAUCCUCACCUCUGGCCCCACCCAGGACCUCAGAUACUGAGCAGCCCAAGAAGUCACCCCAGUCAGGCACCGAUAAGAGGUACCCACUGCUGAAGCAGAGAGGGUUCUACUCUGACAUCCUCAGCCCUGGAGCCUUGGACCAACUUGGGAAUGUAUGUUGUGGUCCCAGCACGAACCAGAACUUCUUGCGUCAGGCUGACCUUGACAAGUUCACUCCGAAAGUUGGAAGCUUCGUGAUUCCUGAGGACUUCGAGGAGCGCAUGGAGCAGCAGUGCAUCGGGUCCAGCACGCAGCUGCUGUCGCAGACAGACUUCCCACUCCAGGCCUAUGAGCCCAAAGUGCAAGUACCCUUCCAGGUGCUGCCUGGCCAGCAGCCCCGCAAGGUGGAGAUUGAGAGGAGAAAGCGGCAGUACCUGAGCCUGGACAUCGAGCAGCUGCUGGCCAGGGCAGGCGUCAACUCCAACAUGCUCAUGCCCAGGCACCCAGACUCCCAGAACCCUCAAACCAUCGAGCAGGGCCAUGACCCUCUCUUCCCCGUCUAUCUCCCCCUGAAGGUUUUUGACAAUGAGGAAUUUGACUGCCGAACUCCCAGCGAGUGGAUCAACAUGGGCUUGGAGCCAGGGUCUCAGAACAGGAAACCUGUCCCUGGAAAAGCUCUCCUGCCCACUGAUGACUUCCUGGGGCACGAGGACCCCAAGAGUCAGAAACUGCAGUACGAAUGGUGCGAGGUUGGCGUCCUAGAGUAUGACGAAGAGAAGAAGCUGUACCUGGUACAUAAGACAGAUAAGAGAGGCCUGGUGCGAGACGAGAUGGGGAAGCCCAUCCUAAGUGGAGGGGUCACUGCCAAAGGAAGGACACCUCUCCUGCUCUGUCAGUACUGGGUGCCGCGGAUACAGCUUCUCUUCUGUGCAGAGAACCCUCAUGUAUUCACACAGCGUGUGGUCCAGGCCAGUGCUCUUCGAAAGGCCACAGAGGCACUGCUACGGUACAACCUGUAUGUGGACUGCAUGCCCUCCAGGGGCCAGCAACUCAUCAGUGAGCAGAGCCUGAACAAGAUCAAGCAGUGGGCCACAAACACACCCCGGAUGCGCAAGGGUCCCACGGUCCUCGAGCACCUCAGCGAGCUCACCAGAGAAGUGAUCCUGGACUAUGAGCGCAGCAUGAACAAGAUGAGCUUUGACAGGAUUGUCUCCUCCAAACCCGACACGUUCUCCUAUGUGACGCUGCCCAAGCAGGAGGAAGAGAAGGUGCCCGAGAAGGGGCUGGUGAGUGUUCCCAAGUACCCCUUCCAGGAACAGAAGGAGGAUUUCACCUUUGUGUCCCUGCUCACACGGCCAGAAGUCAUCACAGCCCUGAGCAAGGUCCGGGCCAAGUGCAACAGUGUGACCUCCAUGUCACUGUUUCAUUCAACCCUCUCCAAGUAUAGCCGCCUGGAGGAGUUCGAGCAGAUCCAGUUGCAGACCUUGUCUCAGGUACAGAUGUUCCUGAAGGACAGCUGGAUCAGCACACUGAAGGUGGCAAUGCGCAGCAGCCUGCGUGACAUGAGCAAGGGCUGGUACAACCUCUACGAGAGUAACUGGGAAGUGUACCUCAUGUCAAAGCUGCGCAAGCUGAUGGAGAUGAUCAAGUACAUGCUGCAGGACACACUGCGCUUCCUGGUGCAAGACUCGCUCGCCAGCUUCACACAGUUCAUCAGUGACGCUUGUGGCAGUGUGCUCGACUGCCCCGACGACAUGGCCUGGGGUGAAGACUUAAUGAACAGCCCCUGCAGGCCCAAGAAGAAUCCCCUGUUCAUCAUGGACCUGGUCCUGGAUGGCUCGGGGGUGCAUUACAGCACACCGCUGGAGCAGUUUGAGACAUCUCUGCUCAAUAUCUUUGACAAGGGCAUCCUGGCCACCCACUCCGUGCCUCAGUUGGAGAAGCUGGUGAUGGAGGACCUCUUUAUCAGUGGGGACCCCCUGCUGGAGUCGGUGGGCCUUCACGAACCGCUGGUGGAGGAGCUGCGGGCCAUCAUAGUUAAUGCUAUGCAUAAGGCCAUGAUCCCACUGCAGGCCUAUGCCAAGGAGUACAGAAAGUACCUGGAGCUAAACAACAGUGAUGUUUCCACCUUCCUCAAAGCCUACCAGACGCAGUGCCCGUCAGCCCAGGAGGUGCGAGAAGCAGUGCUCAUCCACCUACAGGAGAAAGAUGUCCUGGACAACUCGCUGCCCAGUAGCAUCAUCAUCGGACCCUUCUACAUCAAUGUUGACAAUGUUAAGCAGAGCCUGUCCAAGAAGCGCAAGAUCCUGGCCACUUCCGUGAUGGACAUCCUGGCCAAGAAUCUUCACAAGGAAGUGGACAGUAUCUGCGAAGAGUUCCGCAGCAUCAGCCGAAAGAUCUACGAGAAGCCCAACAGCAUUGAAGAGCUCGCAGAGCUGCGAGACUGGAUGAAGGGCAUCCCUGAAAAGCUGGUGGGGCUGCAGGAGCGGAUUGUGAAGGUCAUGGAUGACUACCAGGUCAUGGAUGAGUUCUUUUACAACCUUAGCUCAGAUGACUUCAAUGACAAAUGGGCUGCCAGCUUCUGGCCAUCUAAGAUCCUCAGGCAGAUCGAGAUCGUGCGGCAUCAGCAUAUGGAGGAUGAGGAGAAGUUCCGCAAAAUCCAGAUCAUGGAUGAGAACAACUUCCAGGAGAAGCUCGAAGGGCUGCAGCUGGUGGUAGCCGGCUUCUCGGUCCAUGUGGAGAUCGCGCGAGCACAUGAAAUUGCUAAUGAGGUGCGGCGAGUCAAGAAGCAGUUGAAGGAUUGCCAGCAGCUGGCAACGCUCUACAACAACCGCGAGCGCAUCUUUGGCCUGCCCAUCACCAACUAUGAGAAGCUCUCCAGGAUGGUGAAGGAGUUCCAGCCCUACCUGGACCUCUGGACCACAGCCUCUGACUGGCUCCGCUGGUCCGAGAGCUGGAUGAAUGACCCCCUAUCAGCCAUCGAUGCUGAACAGCUGGAGAAGAAUGUCAUCGAGUCCUUCAAGACCAUGCACAAAUGUGUGAAGCAGUUCAAGGACAUCCCAGCCUGCCAAGACGUAGCCUUAGACAUCCGAGCCCGCAUUGAGGAGUUCAGGCCCUACAUCCCGCUGAUCCAGGGGCUGCGCAACCCUGGAAUGCGGAACCGGCACUGGGAUGUACUGUCCAAUCAGAUCAACAUCAAUGUCAGGCCCAAAGCCAACCUGACCUUUGCUCGCUGCCUCGAGAUGAACCUGCAGGACCAUAUCGAGAGUAUCAGCAAGGUGGCUGAGGUGGCUGGCAAGGAGUAUUCCAUCGAGCAGGCCCUGGACAAGAUGGAGAAGGAGUGGUCAGCCAUCCUGUUCAAUGUGCUGCCCUACAAAGAGACGGAUACCUACAUCCUCAAGAGUCCAGAUGAGGCUUCACAGCUGCUUGAUGACCACAUCAUCAUGACCCAGAGCAUGUCCUUCUCCCCCUAUAAGAAGCCCUUUGAACAGCGCAUCAGCUCCUGGGAGACGAAACUGAAGCUGACCCAGGAGGUACUGGAGGAGUGGCUGAACUGCCAGCGCUCUUGGCUCUACCUGGAGCCCAUCUUCAGCUCUGAGGACAUCACCCGGCAGCUGCCCGUGGAGAGCAAACGCUACCAGACCAUGGAGCGGAUCUGGAGGAAGAUAAUGAAGAAUGCCUAUGAGAACCAGGAGGUGAUCAAUGUGUGUUCUGACCAGAGGCUGCUGGACAGCCUCCGGGACUGCAACAAGCUGCUGGACCAGGUGCAGAAGGGCCUCAGCGAGUACCUGGAGACCAAGCGCAGCGCCUUCCCCAGAUUCUACUUCCUGUCGGAUGAUGAACUACUGGAGAUCUUAUCCCAAACAAAGGACCCCACGGCCGUGCAACCCCACCUGCACAAGUGUUUUGAGAACAUCGCCCGGCUACUGUUCCAGGAGGACCUGGAGAUCACACACAUGUACUCAGCCGAAGGGGAAGAGGUGCAGCUGUCCUUCUCUGUCUAUCCCUCCAGCAAUGUGGAGGACUGGCUGCGGGAGGUUGAGCACAGCAUGAAGGCCAGUGUGCGCAGCAUUAUCGAGAGGGCCAUCCAGGCCUACCCCAAGAUGCCUAGGACCCAGUGGGUUCUAAGCUGGCCCGGCCAGGUGACCAUCGCUGGCUGCCAGACCUACUGGACCAUGGAGGUGGCACAGGCUCUGGAGACCGGCAGCCUGGACAUCCGACUAUUCCCCCAGCUCUCCAAGCAGCUCAGUGAGCUGGUGGCCCUGGUACGGGGAAAGCUCUCCCGCAUGCAGCGGGCAGUGAUGUCAGCGCUGAUUGUCAUUGAGGUCCACGCCAAGGAGGUGGUGAACAAGCUGAUACAGGAGAAUGUGGUCAGUGUGAAUGACUUCGAGUGGAUCUCACAGCUCAGGUACUACUGGACAGAUAAUGACCUGUACAUCCGGGCUGUGAAUGCUGAGUUCAUCUAUGGCUACGAGUACCUAGGCAACAGUGGGAGGCUGGUGAUCACGCCCCUCACUGACAGGUGCUAUCUGACCUUGACCGGAGCCCUGCACCUCAAGUUUGGAGGUGCCCCAGCUGGCCCAGCUGGCACAGGGAAAACAGAGACCACAAAAGACUUGGGCAAGGCCUUGGCCAUACAGACAGUUGUGUUCAACUGCUCUGACCAGCUUGACUUCAUGGCCAUGGGCAAGUUCUUCAAGGGCUUGGCCAGUGCUGGGGCUUGGGCCUGCUUCGACGAGUUCAAUCGCAUCGACAUCGAGGUGCUGUCUGUGGUGGCGCAGCAGAUCACCACCAUCCAGAAGGCGCAGCAACAGCGGGUGGAGCGCUUCAUAUUUGAGGGCGUUGAGAUCCCACUUGUACCGUCCUGUGCAGUGUUUAUCACCAUGAACCCAGGAUAUGCUGGCCGCACUGAACUGCCUGACAAUCUGAAGGCACUCUUCCGACCCGUGGCCAUGAUGGUCCCAGAUUAUGCCAUGAUUGCCGAGAUCUCCCUCUACUCCUUUGGCUUCAAUGAGGCCAGUGUGCUGGCUAAGAAGAUCACUACCACCUUCAAGCUGUCCUCUGAGCAGCUCAGCUCCCAGGAUCACUAUGACUUCGGGAUGAGAGCCGUGAAGACCGUGAUAUCUGCUGCUGGGAACCUCAAGCGAGAAAACCCCAGCAUGAAUGAGGAGCUGAUCUGCCUCCGGGCCAUCCGGGAUGUGAAUGUGCCCAAGUUCCUGCAGGAGGACCUCAAGCUCUUCUCGGGGAUUGUGUCAGACCUGUUCCCCACCACCCAGGAGGAGGAGACUGACUAUGGCAUCCUGGACAAGGCCAUUCGCAAGGCCUGUGAGAAGAGUAACCUGAAGGAUGUGGAGGGCUUUCUGACCAAGUGCAUCCAGCUCUAUGAGACCACAGUCGUGCGGCACGGCCUCAUGCUUGUUGGACCCACAGGCUCUGGCAAGAGUUCCUGUUACAGAGUUCUGGCAGCUGCCCUGACAUCGCUGAAAGGGCAGCCGUCCAUCAGUGGCGGUGUGUAUGAGGCCGUCCACUACUACGUGCUCAACCCCAAGUCCAUCACAAUGGGCCAGCUGUACGGGGAGUUUGACCUGCUCACCCAUGAGUGGACAGAUGGGAUUUUCUCUUCCCUCAUCCGGGUGGGGGCCAUCACCUCUGACACCAACAAGAAGUGGUACAUGUUCGACGGGCCGGUGGACGCUGUCUGGAUCGAGAACAUGAACACAGUGCUAGACGACAACAAGAAAUUGUGCCUCAGCUCUGGGGAGAUCAUCAAGCUCACAGAGGUGAUGACCAUGAUGUUCGAGGUGCAAGAUCUUGCAGUGGCCUCCCCUGCCACAGUGUCCCGCUGCGGUAUGGUGUACCUGGAGCCCAGCAUCCUGGGGCUCAUGCCCUUCGUUGAGUGCUGGCUGAAGAACCUCCCUUCCUUGAUUAAGCCCUAUGAGGAGAAUUUCAGGACACUCUUCGUCAGCUUCCUGGAAGAGUCCAUCUCCUUCAUUCGUUCCUCGGUAAAGGAGGUGAUUGCCUCAACCAACAGCAACCUGACCAUGAGCCUCCUCAAACUGCUCGACUGUUUCUUCAAGCCCUUUCUGCCAAAAGAGGGUCUCAAGAAGAUGUCCCCUGAGAAGCUGAGUCGCAUCCCAGAGCUGAUAGAGCCCUGGUUCAUUUUCUCCCUGGUCUGGAGUGUGGGUGCCACAGGAGACAGCAACAGUCGCCUCAACUUUAGCCACUGGCUCAGGAUCAAGAUGAUAAAGGAAAACAUGACUCUGCACUUCCCAGGAGAGGGACUGGUGUUCGACUACAGGCUGGAGGACACUGGCAUCAGCAGCACUGAGGACGAUGAGGAAGAAGAAGAGGAGGGCAAGCAGGUUGCCUGGGUGAAGUGGAUGGACUCCUCAGCUUCACUCACCAUGGUUCCAGAUACCAGCUACUGCAACAUCAUCGUGCCUACCGUGGACACGGUGCAGAUGUCCUACCUGCUAGGCCUGCUGCUCACCAACCACAAGCCUGUGCUGUGUAUCGGGCCAACGGGCACAGGGAAGACACUUACCAUCUCUGACAAGCUCCUCAAGAACCUGCCGCGGGAGUACAUCAGCCACUUCCUCACCUUCUCAGCCCGCACUUCAGCCAAUCAGACCCAGGACCUCAUCGACAGCAAGCUGGACAAGAGGCGGAAGGGCGUGUUUGGACCACCUCUCGGUCGCAACUUCAUCUUCUUCAUUGAUGACCUGAACAUGCCGGCCCUCGAAACAUAUGGUGCACAGCCACCCAUCGAGCUGCUGCGCCAGUGGAUGGACCAUGGCGGUUGGUAUGACCGCAAGAUCAUUGGAGCUUUCAAGAACUUGGUGGACAUCAACUUUGUCUGCGCCAUGGGCCCUCCAGGUGGGGGCAGGAAUGCCAUCACCCCGAGGCUGACACGUCACUUCAACUACCUGUCGUUUGCUGAGAUGGACGAGGGCAGCAAGAAACACAUCUUCUCCACCAUCCUGGGCUCUUGGAUAGAUGGACUACUUGGAGAAAAAAGCUACCGAGAGCCUGUGCCUGGGGCCCCCCACAUCGCCCCCUUCGUGGACCCCCUCGUAGAAGCUACUGUCACAGUGUAUGCCACCAUCACCUCCCAGUUGCUGCCCACUCCAGCCAAGUCCCACUAUACCUUCAACCUGAGGGACCUCUCCAAGGUCUUCCAAGGCAUGCUCAUGGCCGACCCAGCCAAGGUGGAGGACAAGGUGCAGCUGCUACGACUGUGGUAUCAUGAGAACUGCCGCGUGUUCCGAGACCGGCUCGUGAAUGAGGAGGACCGAGGCUGGUUUGACCAACUCCUCAAGAGCCACAUGGAGCAGUGGGAGGUGGCCUUUGACAAGGUCUGCAUCUUCCAGCCCAUUCUCUAUGGAGACUUCAUGUCACCAGGAUCAGAUGUGAAGUCCUAUGAGCUCAUCACCAAUGAGAAAAAGAUGAUGCAGGUGAUCGAGGAAUACAUGGAGGACUACAACCAGAUCAACACAGCCAAACUGAGGCUGGUCCUCUUCAUGGAUGCCAUGAGCCACAUCUGUCGAAUCAGCCGAACUCUGCGCCAGGCACUAGGCAACGCCCUCCUGCUGGGCGUGGGUGGCAGUGGCCGCAGCUCCCUCACACGGCUGGCCUCACACAUGACUGAGUACGAGUGCUUCCAGAUUGAGCUCUCCAAGAACUACGGCAUGUCCGAGUGGCGUGAGGAUGUCAAGAAGGUCCUGCUCAAAGCCGGCCUGCAGAACCUGCCCAUCACCUUCUUGUUCUCAGACACCCAGAUCAAGAACGAGUCCUUCCUGGAGGACAUCAACAAUGUCCUGAACUCAGGCGACAUUCCCAACCUUUACAACCUGGAUGAGCAGGACCAGAUUGUCAACGCCAUGCGGAGCUAUGUCCAGGAGCAGGGCCUGCAGCCCACUAAGGCCAACCUCAUGGCUGCCUACACUGGGCGCGUGCGCAGCAACAUCCACAUGGUGCUGUGCAUGAGCCCCAUUGGAGAGGUUUUCCGAGCCCGCCUGAGGCAGUUCCCCUCCUUGGUCAACUGCUGUACCAUUGACUGGUUUAACGAGUGGCCAGCAGAGGCCCUGGAGUCUGUGGCCACCACAUUCCUGAACGAGAUCCCAGAACUGGAAUCUUCUUUCGAAGUAAUUGAAGGACUGAUUCAGAUCUGUGUGUACAUACAUCAGUCAGUGUCUAAGAAGUGUGUCGAGUACCUGGCAGAGCUGGCCCGCCACAACUAUGUGACCCCCAAGAGCUAUCUGGAACUGCUCAAUAUUUUCUCCAUCCUCAUCGGGCAAAAGAAACUGGAGCUGAAGACGGCCAAAAACCGCAUGAAGAGUGGUCUUGACAAGUUACUUCGCACUGCUGAGGACGUGGCCAAGAUGCAAGAGGAGCUGGAGAUUAUGCGCCCCCUGCUGGAAGAGGCUGCCAGGGACACCAUAUUCACUAUGGAGCAGAUCAAGGUGGAUACAGCCAUUGCAGAGGAGACCCGGAAGUCUGUGCAGGCUGAGGAGAUCAAAGCCAACGAGAAGGCCAGGAAGGCACAAGCUAUUGCUGAUGAUGCUCAGAAAGACCUGGACGAGGCGCUGCCAGCCUUAGAUGCAGCCUUGGCCAGCCUGCGCAACCUCAACAAAAAUGAUGUGACCGAGGUGCGGGCCAUGCAGCGGCCACCACCAGGCGUGAAGCUAGUCAUAGAAGCUGUGUGCAUCAUGAAGGGUAUCAAGCCAAAAAAGGUGGCUGGAGACAAGCCAGGCUCCAAAGUGGACGAUUACUGGGAGCCAGGCAAGGGGCUGCUGCAGGACCCAGGUCGCUUCCUUGAGAGCCUUUUCAAGUUUGAUAAGGACAACAUCGGGGAGGCAGUGAUCAAGGCCAUCCAGCCAUACAUCGACAACGAGGAGUUCCAACCAGCCGCCAUCGCCAAGGUGUCCAAGGCCUGCACUUCUAUCUGCCAGUGGGUGCGGGCCAUGCACAAGUACCACUUCGUGGCCAAGGCUGUGGAGCCCAAGCGGCAAGCCUUGCGGGAGGCCCAGGAAGACCUAGAGGUGACACAAAGGAUCCUGGAGGAGGCGAAGCAGCGCCUGCGUGAAGUAGAGGAUGGCAUCGCCACCAUGCAGGCCAAGUACCGAGAAUGCACUGCUAAGAAGGAAGAGCUGGAAAUGAAGUGUGAGCAGUGUGAGCAGCGGCUGGGCCGUGCCGACAAGCCCCCAGUACAACCUCCCAGAGUGUACCCCAUGGGGCCGCCUCUGCAGCUCAUCAACGGGCUGGCGGAUGAGAAGGUGCGCUGGCAGGAGACAGUGGAGAACCUGGAGCACAUGCUUGACAACAUCUCGGGCAACGUGCUGGUUGCUGCUGGCUUUGUGGCCUACCUGGGCCCCUUCACGGGUCAGUAUCGCAUGGCACUCUACGACCAGUGGGUCAAGCAGCUUACAGUCCAUCAUGUACCACACACUGCCGAGCCCACGCUAAUUGGAACGCUGGGGAACCCCGUGAAGAUCCGCUCGUGGCAGAUUGCUGGCCUCCCCAAUGACACUUUGUCAGUGGAGAACGGGGUCAUCAACCAGUUCUCCCAGCGCUGGACCCACUUCAUUGACCCCCAGAGCCAGGCCAACAAAUGGAUCAAGAACAUGGAGAAGGACAAUGGGUUGGAUGUAUUUAAGCUGAGUGACCGCGACUUCCUGCGCAGCAUGGAGAAUGCCAUCCGCUUUGGGAAGCCAUGCCUUCUGGAGAAUGUGGGCGAGGAGCUUGACCCAGCCCUGGAGCCUGUGCUGCUUAAGCAGACAUACAAGCAGCAGGGGAACACAGUGCUGAAGCUGGGGGACACAGUGAUCCCCUACCAUGAGGACUUCAGGAUGUACAUCACCACCAAGCUGCCCAACCCACACUACACACCCGAGAUCUCCACCAAACUCACCCUCAUCAACUUCACCCUGUCACCCAGUGGCCUGGAAGACCAGCUGCUGGGCCAGGUAGUGGCUGAAGAGCGACCAGACCUGGAGGAGGCCAAGAACCAGCUAAUUAUCAGCAAUGCCAAGAUGCGUCAGGAACUAAAGGACAUUGAAGACCAGAUCCUGUACCGGCUCAGCUCCUCUGAAGGCAACCCUGUGGAUGACAUGGAGCUCAUCAAAGUGCUAGAGGCGUCCAAGAUGAAGGCUGCUGAGAUCCAGGCCAAGGUCAAGAUUGCAGAGCAGACUGAGAAGGACAUUGACCUCACACGCAUGGAGUACAUACCUGUGGCUGUCCGUACCCAGAUCCUCUUUUUCUGUGUGUCUGACCUGGCCAAUGUGGACCCCAUGUACCAGUACUCCCUCGAAUGGUUCCUCAGCAUCUUCCUCUCAGGCAUUGCCAACUCAGAGAGGGCAGACAGCCUGAAGAAGCGCAUCACCAACAUCAACCGCUAUCUGACAUACAGCCUCUACAGCAACGUCUGCCGCAGCCUCUUUGAGAAGCACAAGCUGAUGUUUGCCUUCCUGUUGUGUGUCCGCAUCAUGAUGAAUGAGGGCAAGAUCAACCAGGGUGAGUGGCGCUACCUCCUGUCUGGGGGCUCCAUCCAGACCAUGACCGAGAACCCUGCACCAAACUGGCUGUCAGAACGAGCCUGGCGAGACAUCCUGGCACUCUCAAACCUGCCCACCUUUGCCUCCUUCCCCUCUGACUUUGUAAAGCACCAGACAAAAUUCCGGGCCAUCUUUGACAGUCUUGAGCCCCACCGGGAGCCCUUGCCUGGCAUCUGGAACCAGUACCUGGACCAGUUCCAGAAGCUGCUGGUCCUCCGCUGCCUGCGUGGGGACAAGGUUACCAAUGCCAUGCAGGAUUUUGUGGCCACCAACCUGGAGCCACGCUUCAUUGAGCCCCAGACAGCCAAUCUGUCAGUGGUAUUCAAAGACUCCAACUCCACCACACCCCUCAUCUUUGUGCUGUCACCUGGCACAGACCCUGCUGCUGACCUCUACAAGUUUGCUGAAGAGAUGAAGUUCUCCAAGAAGCUCUCCGCCAUCUCCCUGGGUCAGGGGCAGGGCCCUCGCGCAGAAGCCAUGAUGCGCAGCUCCAUAGAGAGGGGCAAGUGGGUCUUCUUCCAGAACUGCCACCUAGCACCAAGCUGGAUGCCAGCCCUGGAGCGCCUCAUUGAGCACAUCAACCCCGACAAGGUGCACCGGGACUUCCGCCUGUGGCUCACCAGUCUGCCCAGCAACAAGUUCCCAGUGUCCAUCCUGCAGAAUGGCUCCAAGAUGACCAUUGAGCCGCCACGUGGGGUUAAGGCCAACCUGCUGAAGUCCUACAACAGCCUCAGCGAUGACUUCCUCAACUCCUGUCGCAAGGUGUUGGAGUUCAAGUCCCUGCUGCUGUCUUUGUGCCUGUUUCAUGGGAAUGCGCUGGAGCGUCGCAAAUUUGGGGCUCUGGGCUUCAACAUCCCCUAUGAGUUCACAGAUGGAGACCUACGCAUCUGUAUCAGUCAGCUCAAGAUGUUUCUAGAUGAAUAUGAUGACAUCCCCUUCAAGGUCCUCAAGUACACAGCAGGUGAGAUCAACUACGGAGGCCGUGUCACUGAUGACUGGGACCGCCGCUGUGUUAUGAACAUCCUGGAGGACUUCUACAGGCCUGCUGUGCUCUCCCCUGAUCACAGCUACAGUGACUCAGGGAUCUACCACCAGAUCCAGCCCACCUAUGACCUCAAUGGCUACCUCUCCUACAUCAAAAGCCUUCCACUCAACGACAUGCCUGAGAUCUUUGGCCUGCAUGACAAUGCCAACAUCACUUUUGCCCAGAAUGAGACUUUUGCCCUGCUUGGUGCUAUCAUCCAGCUGCAGCCUAAAUCCUCCUCUGCGGGCAGCCAAGGCCGGGAGGAGAUAGUGCAGGACGUGGCCCAGAACAUUCUGCUCCAAGUGCCUGAGCCCAUCAACUUGCAAAUGGUAAUAGCCAGGUACCCUGUGCUGUAUGAGGAGUCGAUGAACACUGUGCUGGUUCAAGAAGUCAUCAGGUACAACCGGCUACUGCAAGUGAUCACACAGACACUGCGAGACUUGCUCAAGGCACUUAAGGGGCUGGUGGUGAUGUCCUCGCAGCUGGAGCUGAUGGCUGCCAGCCUGUACAACAACACUGUGCCUGAGCUCUGGAAUUCUAAGGCAUACCCAUCACUCAAACCACUGGCCUCAUGGGUCAUGGACCUGCUGCAGCGCCUGAACUUCCUGCAGACCUGGAUCCAAGGUGGCAUCCCAGCUGUGUUCUGGAUCAGCGGCUUCUUCUUCCCUCAGGCUUUCCUGACAGGCACUCUACAGAAUUUUGCCAGAAAGUUCAUCAUCUCCAUCGACAUUAUCUCCUUUGAUUUCAAGGUGAUGGCUCAGUCACCAUCAGAACUCAAGAAAAGGCCCGAAGUGGGGUGCUACAUCCAUGGACUGUUCCUGGAAGGUGCCCGUUGGGAUUCAGAAGCCUUCCAACUGACUGAGUCUCGGCCCAAGGAGCUGUACACAGAUAUGGCCGUUAUCUGGCUCCUGCCAGUACCCCACCGCAAAGCUCAGAACCAGGACAUCUACCUGUGUCCCAUCUACAAGACACUGACCCGUGCCGGAACACUGUCGACCACAGGCCACUCCACCAACUAUGUCAUCGCUGUGGAGAUCCCCACCCGCGAGCCUCAGCGACACUGGAUAAAGCGUGGUGUGGCCCUCAUCUGUGCCCUGGACUACUAGGCUCAGACAGAGGGUCAGAGCCAUUAAAGUUGAGUUUUCCAGUUAGUCUAGCUAUGCCUU